AUGCCGAAACCCAAGGCUUUCUUGAAGGAAUCCAAAUCAAAGAAGAAAGCGGCGCAGAGGGCACCAGAGACUGCUGAUGAAUUUCUAGCGGCCGGAGUCGAACAGGAAGAGGGCGGAGAGAAAUGGCGUGCUGGCGAUGCUGCCAAAUCCUUGCGCUUUUUCAUGCGGGCAAUCGCAAUUUAUGACGAAGGCUUGCAGAAACAUCCUCAGGCGUUCGACCUGGCCUAUAAUAAAGCACGUCUCCAAUAUGAAAUCACCCAGCACCCUAAAUUAGCUGCCCAAUUACCAGCUCCAUUGCUGGAUGCCUUGCAGAUAGCGUUACGAUCGCACAGAGAGGCCCUCAAUCUGGAACAGGACAACGCAGAUGCACUCUUCAACACCGCGCAAGUGCUCACGAGUCUUGCAGAAGCAGGUACCGACACAAAACACCCAUCCGACGAACAGCUCUCGGAAGCAAUCAAGCUUCUUCAAGAGGCCAUAGAACUUUUCCAACGUUGUCUCGUGCUGCAAGAGAUGCGGUACACCGAAAUGCAAGAGCAAUUGAAGCAGAUGGAAUCAGGGUAUAUGGGUCCACCUGAGGAGGAAAUGAAGCAGGCUCAAGAGAUUAUGGAUAGUGCAGGCGAAUCAGAUCCUUCAGAACCGCACGAGCAAUGGGCGGCAGUUAUUGAGCCGGUGACCAAAAAUACUCUCGUUGAUACGGCCGUGGCGCAAUUGGAUACCCUCACUACACUCAGCAACCUGCUGACGUUUAAUCCUGGAGUGGGACUUGCUUGGGUUGAAGAGUACUCUUCUGAUCUCCUACAGAAGAUUCCAGUGUAUCUCGAGGGGUCAGAAAGACGAUAUGAGGCGUCUUUGGCUCGAGCCAAGUUUAUAUGCGCCUUGAACGAGCUGGUUUAUCGCAGCGGAAGGAUCGAGGUGGAGACAUAUCACAGAGAAAUCAUGCGUGCCUUUGGACCAGAUUUGGACAUCUCUACCGAUCCCGACGGUCUGUGCAGUAAAGCUGAUGCGCUUACAUCUUUCAACACUGCACUCACUGACCUCCCGCCUUUCCAUGACGCUGAGGCUCUUGCGAGAUCAUUGGACUUGAGAUGGCAAUCUUUAUCAACUGCACUGGACGCAUUGACCAAAGCUUCGAAACUCCCUGACGCAAACAACCUGCCGAAGAUUCAUUUGGCCAGGGGAGAUGUAGAGAUGCAUAGGUGGAGGCUCGGACUGGCUCCAUGGGAGUACGCCGUGGCGGAACAAAACUCCUCGACACUACUGCAAAACGCUCAAACGUAUUAUCGAGGCGCUGCAGCACUAGCAAGAAGAGACGGAGCUAUGGAGGAAACAAGAGAUGGGACAUGCAAAGAGGCGAUCGCAGCCGCUCUGGGAGGCCAGAAGGAUAAACUGGAACAGCUCAAGGCGGCCGCCCCUAAAGAGCUGACAGCUGUUGCUCAGGACGUGGUGGAGGACGGUCUGUUGGCUCCCGUGGAUAUGGAGGCUUUGUUGUCGUAA